GGCAUUAUCCGUUACCUUCCUAUUUGUUGCGUUGGGGACGUCUUUUAUUUCGGUGAGUGUUCCGUUGUUGCUUGUCAAAAGCGGUAUUACUUAACACGCGCUGCUUUCGCCAAUAAAAACAAUACACGAAUUAAUAAAUUAAUGGAAAGAGAAAAUAUCUCUUCCCGGCCACAUCAUGUUCAGCUUUGUUAAAAAUCACUGGAAAAAGCUGGCCUUUGUUUCCGUUCCACUGGGUUAUGGUUCAAACUAUUUGUGGACUGAACAUCAGAUAUCCCAACAUAUGCAAGACGUUUGCCGAAAUCUACCCGAAACUUCAUCGAAAAUACCACAAAGAGCAUUGGUGGUCAUCAAUCCGGUGGCCAAUGACAAGUCAUGUGAGAAGACAUUUCGAAAAUAUUGUGAACCCAUCUUGCAUUUAGCUGGCUAUUCCGUGGAAAUACUUAAAACUAAAGAAAUCGGUCAUGCCAAGUCCUUAAUUGAAUCAUUACCAAUUUUGCCAGAUGUUUUGGUUAUUGCCGGUGGUGAUGGUACGUCAUCGGAGGUGGUAACCGGUCUUCUGCGGCGUAAAGAUGAUCCAUGUCCAAUUUUGUUAUUACCUCUGGGAGAGCGCAAUGAAACGGUUUCAGCAUUUCUGCCCGUGGAUUCGAAGAAAAAAGUGGAGUACGUUAAAUGUUUGUCCGCCUGUGUGUUGUCAUUGCUACAGGAACGAUUACGUUAUCGAAAUGUCCUAAAAUACGAAGUAUUGCCCGAUGAAAGUGAUCCUGAGCCACAUAGACCAAUUUAUGGAUUGCAAAAGUUCUCAUGGGGUCUUUUGCGUGACAUUGAAGCUAAAAAAGAUAAAUAUUGGUAUUUUGGUUUUCUGAGACAUCAUGCCGCCGCCUUGGCCACUAGCUUCACCAAUGAAAUGUCUCAUAGCAUCAAGGCUAAUUUGACAUGUACACCACCCUGUCCAGGAUGCACAAAGUGUGCUGAAACAAAAACCCAUACCCAACGUGUUUUUAAGAAGCUGUUUGUCUCGAAACCAUCUUCGCCCAUGGCUGCAACGGUGGUCAAUGAUUCAUGUGGCCAAAAAGAGGAACAUAAUGUUGAGGCCAAACAAAUGGACAUUUUAUGGAAACAAAAUGGACAAUCAUUUGCCGAAUUGAAUACAGAAAUUAUUGAAACCAUAUCGGCGGGCAUUGACUUCGUUACAAACAUUAAGAAAAAGAUGGAGCCCUCGCUAAUGCUCAAGAGUCGCACAGUUGAGUUACAACCCAAAGAAUUCGAUAUGGCCACCUACACCAUUGAUGGGGAGGAAUAUGAUGCACGUGCUGUAAAAAUAACGCUGUUGCCAAAUCGCAUUAAGUCCUAUAGUUAAAUUGAUUUUUAUUAUAUAAAGGAAGCGUUGUGAAAACGAUUAAAA